GUCGAAUGUGUUACCUCAGAAAAGGAAGCCUUCACUGGAAUUGACUAUGCCUUCCUUGUUGGAGCUAUGCCUCGAAAAGAGGGUAUGGAACGUAAAGAUCUUCUUGCUGCUAAUGUAAAGAUCUUCAAAUCACAAGGCAAAGCGUUGGCUGAGUAUGCCAAGCCAACCACUAAGGUCAUCGUUGUCGGUAAUCCAGCCAACACCAACGCCUUUAUCUGCGCCAAAUAUGCUGCCCCAAAAGUGCCUGCUCGUAACUUCUCCGCAAUGACUCGACUUGAUCACAAUCGUGCAACAGCUCAGGUUGAGGACAGACAGGCUAGCGAAGCAGUGAACAAACUGAGGGGAAUACAUGCAAAAUCUGAAAAUUACACAGGGAAGGAACUCGCAAUGAAAGCCGGAGUCACCAUCGCUGAUGUCAAGAAUGUGAUCAUUUGGGGAAAUCACUCAAGCACUCAAUUCCCCGAUGUGAAACAUGCCACAGUUAACAAAGAAAAGUAG